AUGGCAGCGUUGGACGAAACGCCGCCGUCUACAGCAGUCAGCAGGGCCGCUCUAGGCAAAGGAAGUUCUACAGUAACUACCGAAGGUCCCCCACAACCGCCAAUUUACCAGCCAAGAACAAACCCGGUGGGGCCACUUCCAACAACGUCCCUUCAGAUGCCACCGUUCUUUGUGCCGCCAAUGCAACAAACACAACCGGUUCACUCAACAAUGCUUCCGCCAAGCCAUGUUUUCAACAUCCCACCGUUGUUUAUAGCGCCGCCACCAUACCAGGUGACGGGCGGACAGAGUUCAAUGCUUUCAGUGCUGCCGCUGACGCAAACCACGAUAGGUCAUACGCCACCUGCUUAUUCGAUGGUCGACACAUGGAUCAGACCAACCAUCACUGCCAACAAUAGCCUGCAGCAGACAAUAACGGUCAACCCUAUGACCCCUAUACAGUAUACACCCAUUCUCCUCCGGUUAUUCCCUCCAACUACCAUUCCGGUCGUACCCCUUUUACGGACCAAGCCCUGGCUAUCACGCGUCGCCACCAUAUGGCUCGAACCCCCAAUACCAGCAACAGGGAGCGUCAAUCGUCCCAGGCCAAGAUUGCCUUUCCCGUAG